AAAAGAAGCAUAAUGGAUUGUGAUAAGACCCGCACCUUCCUUCCACGUUGUGUUCUCCUGUUGGUUAUCUUUCUUUUUUAGUAUUCUCUCUCUCUACCUUUCUCCCUUUCUCUCUCUAGAAGUAAAUACAGAAUGUUAUUUUAUUUAAUAAAAAUAAUGACAUGGCAUGGGCAUGUGUAAUGGAUGAUUUUUUUUUUUUUAAUAAUACAACAAAAACCUGCUUUCGAAGUCACAAACAUAAGUUUUCAUCUCUCUCUCUCUCUCUCUCUCUCUCUCUCUUUCUCUUAAGAAUCGAAAACCUUUUUUUUUUCUUAGGGUUUUCGCAACCAUCGCACUCUAAUUCUACUCCACUGCUUUCGAAUCUAUACUGAUAGCUUGUACCUUCUUCUUUGCCUUCAAAUGCUCUAUCUUUUAGUACAAUUUUUUUGGCUAGCCGUGAAGGAUCGAACUCAAAUGUGUUCGAGAUCGGCACUUUUGAUGUUUAGCUAAAAUAAGGAAAUUCAUUAUUUAAAGAUUGGGGUAUUGGUUGCUUCUAUCAUGAAGAAGAAUGUUGUGGUGGAGGAGAAUCAACAAUGUACCAAUUCUAAACUUGUCUCCAAGUCCAUGGAGUCAUCCAUUAAGAUUGACUCGAUAUCUAUAGAUCUCAUCAAUGCUAAUGAGAAAAGUGAUGCUGAAAACUGUGAUCAUUUUUCCAUACGUGGAUAUGUAUCUGAAAUUCGCAAAAAAGACUUGAAGAAGUGUUGGCCAUUUGUUUCAGAAUCAGAUUGUGACAGUAACAAGUAUGAUGAACUAGCAUGUCGCCUUCCUUCUUUACAUAUUCCAAAGUUUAGAUAUUGGCGUUGCCAGAAAUGCCUAUGGGAGAUUGAUACCAAAGGCGUCGGAAAUGAUUAUGGUCCUAUGCUUAAAUCUUAUGUUAGUGGAUUCAAACCCAACGGCAUUUGUUGCCAUGCAUCAACGUUUGAUGAUGUUACCAUGCUAGUAUCUGACUUUCAACAAGCUCAAAGGCUAGACAUUAUCAAGGAGAAAAAGGUGGACGGUGAUGCUUCAGCUAAUUUGGACAACACCACUGGAGAUUAUUCUUUGCCAUACUUUGGUAAAGGUGACAAGACAUCUGUAGUGGCACAUGGUCUGACCGGAGAAAAAAAUGUGGAGUCUGGUGAUAAUAUGAAUCAAGAAAUGCUUAAAUUGGCAACAGGCAUUUCAAUCCUGAGUCAGAAAACAUAUCAAACAGAUGAUAUUGAAGAUCCAAACCUAAAGUCCAAUGGAUCUAGUGACCUAUGCAAGCCAGGCCGUGGACAUCAUGAUGUUGCUGAUGCUGAAUUGGCUAGAAAUUUGGUUAAAAGUGAUGCUAAGAACCAUGAAACAGGGAAAGUAGUUCCUGUGGUUGAUCCACAGAAAGAGUUAACACCUUCUGGAAUGUCAGGAGAAGCUGGUAAUAUUGAGGAGGCAUGUAGUGCUGGCAAGGGCAGUGGACAUCCUUCCCUGGAACUGGAUGAGUGUUCAUCUGAAAGUGCUGAGAUCAUGGUUGUAAAUAAUGUUCAGUAUCAAGAUAAUUCAAGUGGGUUGCAUCAUAGAAAAACACGAAAAGUACGCCUGCUAACAGAGUUGCUGUGUGAAAAUGCUGAUGGAGACACAGAGAACAUCAGGAAUGAUGAUUCACUAUCCAAUGCCAUUCAUGGUGCAUCAGCAGAAGAUGAUAAGCUUCCUGUUCGCCAAGGUCAGGUAGCCAUGCAAGGACAUCUUAGAAGGCUUUUGGGUCAACAGAGGAAAAGAAAGUCAGAUCAGGAUGAAGAUUGGAGACCCACACAAACAGGCUCUCCUAACAAGGUGUGUAAAGAAGGGAGGGUCUUAAAGAGAGAGGCGGAAUCCGCUGAUGCAAUUGCAAAAGCAUUUGCUAGGAUGCAGUUACAAACUGGUAGGAAGAACCAUUGCAUUAAACGUAGCAUUGAUAGAAGUCUGAGUGUAGGUAAGAAGAAAAACAAAAGAACACUGAAUUUUGAUGAAAGUUCAUCCUUAGUUCCUGCAGAAGAAAAUGUGCCAAAUGAAACUGGGAACGAAACUGGAGAUGCUUCUAACAGUAAUGUUGCUGAUGGACUUCUGUUCAAAGCCAUGCAUGAUGAAAUUAAAGGUGGAGAGGCAGAUAUUUUCCCUUUGUCUGCUCAAAGAAUGGAUAGGAAACAUACCUUUAGGAAGAAAUCAAAGACACCUCAAGUUUAUGAUCAGCAGGCUUCCUUAAUUCCUCGGAAUCAUGGCAUGCUCAGAGAAGAUAUUAUGAGCAGGAAAGAUGUAGAGUUCUUGCAUACUAGGCCUGUAAGAGUUCCAUUUCAUACAGCACAUGAUGCAACCAGUGAAAAUGGACGAAAUCUUUCUCUUAAUAGCUACUUAACUGUACAGAGAUAUGAUAUGCAGCGAAAUCCACAGCUUGAAGAUGGGCGAGCUUGUUUACUGACUUGGAAAGAGGGCACUGCUGGAGAUGAUCUUGUCAGCAGGAAAUCUGCAGAAAGCAAGUAUCUUGGAAAUUUCAAUUUUGGUUCAAAAUCUGCAUCGGAUAUGACUUUUGGAAAAGGAGCAUAUAGUGACAUCAGUGGCAAGAGAAUUUCCAUUGGAAUGCCCUUACUUAAUGAGGAGCAGAACUAUGCAUCUCAAGUUGAAACUGGCGGAUGUUCUCAUAUGCAGCAAAAGAAUUUUUGCAGUACAAGUGGCAAGAAGAAAGCAAUUGGAAUUCUGGAAUGUUCAGCAGUUACUAGGAAAGACGGUGAUCAGAGAGCUAAUAAGGUGGUUGAACAGGUAAUUUCAGAUGAUAUUCCCAUGGAAAUUGUUGAACUCAUGGCAAAGCAUCAGUAUGAGAGGUGUCUUCCUGAUGCUGAAUACGACAGAUGCAAAUUAGAAGUGACUAACAACACCAAGAGUACAAGGAGUAUGGAUUUUGACAGAGCAUAUGGGAAUGGAGAUAUGAGCUUAUUUCAGCAGGAAACUGCUCAUAAACGAAAUUCUCAUGUUAAAAAUGGCAGAAAUAGAAUCGUCAAGACUGGUGAAAAUUUGGGACCUGCCAAACAGAAGUCAGUUGAUUACUUUUCUCAAUCUGAUCUAAAUCAAUUCAAUAUGAGCCAACUAAAACACAUUCCUACUGCUUCAAGGUUUGGGGCAUUUUUUCAGCAUCAAGAGAAGCCAUCAUAUGGAAUCCAACAUUCUGCUUCUAGUUCUGGCAGGCAAAAUACUGCUCAAGAUUGCAAAUGGAUUGGGGAUUUGGUGGGGAAGAGGUCCUCUCAUAGCUGUUUGCAGACCUCAGGAACAUGUAAUACAUGCCAGGGCAUUCCACAGAAAAGUAAAGAAACAAAUCAUCUUUGGUCCUCCGUGAUGCCAAAUCACAUGCCUUUUGUUUAUAGCAUUUCUCAGAACUGCUCCACUCUACCUACCAGUAUGGAUGUCCUAUCUAAUUCUCCAAGCAGUAUGAAUAAGGAAAAUGUGAAUGGUCAUCGUGAAUUCAAGUUUUUAAAUCAGAGUGCUGCCAACUUUGGAAAGCAAAAUAGGGCCUUUGGUUCUGAUGUUCUCAAGACAUGUGCAGACCCGUUUGCUUGCAAACAUAAUGGGAUUGAUCUUACUCAAAAGCCAAUGGGGUCUUUUGAUCUUUAUUCUAAUGAAACCAUACCAGCGAUGCAUUUGCUCAGCCUCAUGGAUGCAGGAUUGCAAUCCGGUGCACCAAUAAAUCUGGAUAUGACCCCGAAGUUCUUUAAAAGACCGUCUGCAACUCAUGAUCAAGAUCCUAAGGAAUUUUCUAGGUUGGAUUCUGGGGCCUAUAAAGUCACCAACACCAUGAAGCAUACACCAUAUGAAUGCCAUGGUAAAAAUCAAGCUGCAGAAGAUUCCCAUGGACGCCUUUCGACAAUUCCAGUAGUAGUUGGUCCAUCUGCUUCUUCAUUUUCACAUGAUACUUGCUUCAAGAAGGCUACUGAUUUUACCUGUCAAGUUUCUCAAGAGAAAGUAAAGGGAAAAGGCUCUGAUUCACGCACACAGAAUAGUGGCUAUAGAUCACAAAAGUCAGUAUCUCCAAGUGGUAAUUUUGGCACCAACUGUGGCUCCAUCCCAGUUCAUAGGAUGCAGACCAUGUUUUUUGGUGCAUCAGAUUCUAGGAUGUUUCCUUUACAGUUCCGUGGCUUGGAGACUUCAACCAAGCACAAGUUCAAGGUCCCCAGUGGCACUAGACCUGUUCACUCGCAUAAAAGCAGUUCUGAUGGAAUUUGCAGUGUGAACAGAAACCCUGCCGAUUUCAGCACGCCAGGACCUGGGAACUUAUAUAUGAUUUCAGGUGAAGAUCUAAAAGUUGGAGAGUUGGUUCCUUUGAUGAAUGGGUCUGUCUCGACUAGAUUGUUUGGGCAGAAGCGACAGAAAAAACUUCCUACUACGAAAGAACAUCGACAGCAUCCAAUUUCCUGAUCAUUUCUAGCUUCAGUGCAGGUUCACUUAAUUAUUUAAACAGCUUCAAAAUAUUUUAGAAGCUUUAUGAUGGGACGGUCAAUGCCAAACUAAUAUUUGGCACACAAGCCAAUCUUUAAUUCUGAAACCAUGACAUGGAAACCAUACUAGGUGAAGGCUCAGGCUUGUAUAUACCUACAUAUGCCUUGACCCUCCACAAAUAACUACAUAUGUAUGUACUUUUGUAUGUUUAUCUGUUGCAGUGUGUUUAUUAUACAAGGUUUUGUUGAUUUUGAUAAAAGGUUCUGUAGAAGCCUAAUGCUGCCCGUUGUCUCCCGAAAGGGCUGCCUUGUACUUCAGUGAGAGUGCACACUCCAUUGUUGAGCAGAAAUUUUGGAGUGCCAAACAAGGAUCAGGACAUUAGCUAUAGCUAGUAUGUUGUAUUUCAAUCCCUGUGCCCAAAGAUUGGUAACAGGUUCAUCAAUAAAUCAGCAUUCAAAGAA